GCACCAGGAAUACAAGUCUUGAGGCUCUAACAAUCCGGAAGAAUGGCAAACAGCGCUUCUGAACAGAAUCAAAAUCACUGCUCGGCUGCUAACAGCAGCAGCUCCCUCCUGGAGGGCAACUUCCCCACCCUGACUCUCUCUGGAAAGAUCCGAGUGACAGUUACUUUCUUCCUUUUUCUUCUCUCCACCACCUUUAAUGCAUCUUUCUUGUUAAAACUUCAGAAGUGGACUCAGAAGAAAGAGAAAAGUAAAAAGCUCUCAAGAAUGAAGGUGCUUUUAAAACAUUUGACCUUAGCCAACCUGUUGGAGACUCUGAUUGUCAUGCCUCUCGAUGGGAUGUGGAACAUUACUGUCCAAUGGUAUGCUGGGGAACUCCUCUGCAAAGUUCUCAGCUAUCUGAAGCUUUUCUCCAUGUAUGCACCAGCCUUCAUGAUGGUAGUUAUCAGCCUGGACCGCUCGUUGGCCAUCACAAGGCCUCUCGCUCUGAAACGCAGCAGCAAUCUCGGACAGCCCAUGAUUGUCUUGGCCUGGCUCCUCAGUAGUAUUUUUGCUGGACCACAGUUAUACAUCUUCCAGGUGAUCCAUUUAGCAGACAGUUCUGGACAGACGAAAGGUUUCUCUCAAUGUGUUACACACUGCAGUUUUCCACAAUGGUGGCAUCAAGCUUUUUACAACUUUUUCACCUUCAGCUGCCUCUUCAUCAUCCCUCUUCUUAUCAUGUUGAUCUGCAAUGCAAAAAUCAUCUUCACCCUGACACAGGUCCUGCAGCAGGAUCCCCACCAACUACAACUGAAUCAAUCCAUGAACAAUAUCCCAAGAGCUCGGCUGAGGACCCUAAAGAUGACAGUUGCAUUUGCCACUUCGUUUACUGUCUGCUGGACCCCGUACUAUGUCCUGGGGAUUUGGUACUGGUUUGAUCCUGAAAUGUUAAACAGGGUGUCAGAUCCAGUAAAUCACUUCUUCUUUCUCUUUGCUUUUUUAAACCCAUGCUUUGAUCCACUGAUAUAUGGAUAUUUCUCUCUGUAAUUGAUAUCCUCCAUAGAAUAUCAUAGUAAGAAAAGACAAAAGUAAUGAAUUUCUACAUUUGGGAAUGAUAAACACAAA